CCUUUGGCUGCUUAGAUGAAUCUCCUGUCACUGUAUGUUGCCUUCUCCCCUCCCCUUGCAGGUUUCCCUCUGGGCUCUACAGUGCAGUCUAAAACCAAGGGCAUCUGGAUGUGGUGUGUGCCUCACCCCUCCAAGGCAAACCGUGUCCUGGUCCUUCUGGAUACUGAGGGCCUGGGUGAUGUGGAAAAGGGUGACCCUAAGAAUGACUCAUGGAUCUUUGCCCUGGCUGUGCUUCUGAGCAGCACCUUGGUCUACAACAGCUUGGGCACCAUCAACCACCAGGCCCUGGAGCAGCUGCAUUAUGUGACAGAGCUCACAAAACUAAUCAGGGCAAAGUCUUCCCCAGAAGAGGAUGGCACAGAAGAUUCCACAGAGUUUGUGAGUUUCUUCCCAGACUUUAUCUGGGCUGUACGGGAUUUCAGCCUGGAGCUGAAGUUAAAUGAUCAUCCUAUCACAGAAGAUGAGUACCUGGAGAAUGCCUUAAAGCUGAUUGAAGGCAACAACCCCAGAGUCGAAGCAUCUAAUCUACCCAGAGAGUGCAUCAGGCAUUUCUUUCCAAAACGGAAGUGUUUUGUUUUUGACCGGCCAAUAAACGACACAAAACUCCUAGCCAAUAUUGAGAAUAUACCUGGACAUCAACUGGAUCCUAAAUUCCAGACACAAGCAAUAAAUUUUUGCUCUUACAUCUUUACCGAGGCAAGGACUAAGACUCUCAGAAAGGGAGUCACAGUCACCGGGAAUCGGUUGAGGACUCUGGUGGUGACUUAUGUGGAUGCCAUCAAUACUGGAGCAGUGCCUUGUUUGGAGAAUGCAAUGACAACUCUAGCCCAGCUUGAGAACCCAGUGGCCGUGCAGAAGGGAGCUGACCACUACAGCCAGCAGAUGGCCCAGCGAGUGACGCUCCCCACAGACACGCUCCAGGAGCUGCUGGAUGUGCAUGCAGACUGUGAGAGGGAAGCCAUUGCAGUGUUCAUGGAGCACUCCUUCAAGGAUGACAAGCGGGAGUUCCAGAAAAAGCUGGUGGAACUCAUAAAGGAUAAGAAGGAGCAUUUCUUGCAGCAGAAUGAAGAGGCAUCCGUUAAGUACUGCCAGUCUAGACUCGAUGAGCUUUCACAGGUCCUAAUGGAAAGUAUUUCAGCAGGAACUUUCUCUGUUCCUGGAGGAUACAAUCUCUACAGGGAAGCAAAGGAAAGUAUUGAAUGGAAGUAUUCACAACUGCCCAGGAAAGGAGUGAAGGCAAAUGAGGUCCUCCAGAGAUUUCUGCAGUCGCAGGCUUCAGUAGAGGAAUCCAUCUGGCAGGCAGAUAAAGCCCUCACUGAUGGGGAGAAGGCCAUAGAAGCGGAGAGGGUCAGCAAGGAGGCAGCUGAGUGGGAACAGGAGCUACUAAAACAGAAACUACUAGAGCAGCAACAGCAGUUGGAGGCUCAAGAAAGGACUGUCCAGGAAAACAUAGUACAACUGAAAGAGAAGAUGGAGCAGGAGAGAGAAAACAUACUAAAAGAACAGAACAGGAUGUUGGAGCAUAUGCUGAAGGUCCAAGAAGAGCUACUCAGGGAAGGAUUUAGAAUGAAAUCUGAGAAGAUGAAUGCAGAGAUAAAGAAGUUGAAAAACAGGGUUGAUGCUACUAAAAAUAGCAAUACUCCCUGGUUCACACAAGCUGUGGAAGGAUUGGGCAAUGACAUUGUUAAAAUAGUUACUGCCCCUGUUAGAUUUGUUGAUAAUAUUGUGAGUGGUGUGUUGUCCCUAUUUUCAUAAGAAUUAGCUCUCCAUUUAAAGAAAUUAAGGAAUGUGGGUAUAUACUCUGGCCUAUUUUUGGUGCUUAUGGGGCUUUUAUUCAGCAAAGUUUUAAAUAUAAAAAGUGCCUACAAGAGGACAACAAUGCCUGGCCCACAUUAGAUAGAAUAAAUGCAUGUACACUUUGAUAUAGCAUGUUAACUUUUAGGUAAUACACAUGUGCAAAUUGUAAGUAUAUAUAAAAUCCACUGAGGCAUCACUUUAAAUGACAAAAGAUUGCUUAAUCCGAUUAUUUAAGUAUCUAUCUAUAUAAAUCGGUCCUAUAAAUUGAACAUGUGCAUACACUGGAGUAUUACGUAGCCAGUGUCCUGGGGAAAUGGGAAUGCCCAAACAUUUCGUGGGCUCUUGCAAUCAGGAUCUAAGUUGGCAGAGAUAACCCAGAUACCAGAAAGACAUCAGAGUCUCCCUGUUAAAAUAGGGGUACACGGGAUCCAGGUAAUAAAUGCAGUCCUGGACCAGGGGCAACUAAAUGGGGUCUAGUAUUGGUUUUCAAAUAAGAGUAAAGUUCAUCUAAGAACAAGAACCAUCACAUAUUUUUCUGUACAUCUCCUCAAAGUAUGUUUAGGCACAGAAUGUGCUAAAUAAACAUCUCCUGGAAAAAUAAAAUGUUGACACCUCCAUGAUUGUUUUCAAUUGCCAGAAUCCUAUAAACACUCCGAAGCUCUGAGUUAAUAGAUAGUUUGGAUUUUAGACACCAGAUUAAGGUCUCCAAGAUGAUUUAAAGGCUAGUGGAACAAAACAAACUUUUCUGGUGAUGUCUCCUACUCUGUGAGCUUGUGCAUUACAAUCUCUGUGUCUCUGUGAGGAUGUUAACACGUCUCCACUGCAGAUUUUAAACGGAUCCAUCUAGCUGUGGCUUCAAGUAUUGAGAAGGAAGAAUGGCUUUGCCUUUAUAAGAAAGAAACAUGUAGGGGUGCCUGGGUGGCUCAGUCAUUAAAUGUCUGCCUUUGGCUCAGGGCGUGAUCCUGGCGUUCUGGGAUUGAGCCCCGCAUCAGGCUCCUCCACUGGGAGCCUGCUUCUUCCUCUCCCACUCCCCCUGCUUGUGUUCCCUCUCUCG